CGAUGAAAAAAAUCUAGCCAAUCACAAAUCACGUUGUUUCUAGGUGACCAACUGUUGUGCGCAUGCGCAUAUUGCAAGGUAGUGGGACAUGAGAAGAGCUAAAAUUUGUGGCUAACGGUAAAAAAAAUCGUUAAAAUGGACGCACAGAAGGAGUUACAGCCGCCCAAACAGCAGCCUAUGAUCUACAUUUGUGGAGAAUGUCACACUGAAAAUGAAAUCAAGGCUCGUGACCCUAUCAGGUGCAGAGAGUGUGGCUACAGGAUCAUGUACAAGAAGAGAACAAAAAGAUUGGUUGUUUUUGAUGCUCGAUGAACAGGAGGACUGCAGCAGAUUUACCUUUUUUAUGUUUAGUAUUUAGUGUGUGAAAUUGUAAAUAAAAGGACUCUUGUGCCUAACUUUC